AUGAACACUCGCCUGAUCAAUCUUCUCUUGGGAUUUUUGUUUCUUCAACCAUUCGUUGCCCAUCCAUUUUCUUUUAAUAUAUCUAACUUCAAACCAGAUGCUAACGAUAUCAUUUAUGAAGGUGAUGCCACGAUUGUUGAUGGAGGAAUUAACCUUGUCAGCACAUCCAAUUUGGAGUUUCGCGUUGGCCAAGCUUCAUAUGCCAAGGAUAUAAACCUUUGGAACUCAUCCACCGGAAAUCCUUCGGAUUUCACUACCCAUUUCUCAUUCACUGUCAACAAAAGUAAUAAAACCCCAUUUUCUGAUGGCUUUGUCUUUUUCAUUGCUCCUCUUAGCUAUCAAUUUCCAAGCAGAAACUCGUCUGGUGGUUAUCUCGGAUUAUUCAAUUCUUCCAUGAUGCAAAACCAGAUUGUUGCAGUAGAGUUUGAUACCUUUCCCAAUAGAGAAUGGGAUCCACCAUAUGCCCAUGUUGGGAUCAAUAGUGGCUCACUCAGUUCAAAUACUUUUGUCAGAUGGGAUGUUAACUCAAUAAGCGGCAAGCCAGCUGAUGCAUGGAUAUCUUAUAAUGCUACUACCAAAAACCUCAGUGUAUUUUGGACUUACCAGAAAGAUGUGGUUUAUAUGAGCAAUUCCACUGUCUCAUACAUCAUCGAUCUCAUGAAAAUUCUUCCACAACAAGUAAAAAUUGGAUUUUCAGCUUCUACAGGCGUUUUCUAUCAGCAGAACACCAUUACUUCAUGGCAAUUUAAUACCAACAUGGCUUCAUCAGAGGUAGAUAUCCCGAGAAGAAAAGAAAAAGCUGCAAGGAAGAAAAUUGGCAUUGCGGUUGGAGCUGGCGGUUUCUCUCUUUUGAUUCUUGUAAUUGUGAUUGGUUAUAUUUUAGUCGUUAGAAGGAGAAGAAACAAGAAUCAUGCAUCAAGAAGUGGAUACGAAGUAGAUAGCCCAUUUAACGAUUAUCUUCAGAGAGAUGCUUUCCCAAAAAGAUUUUGUUACAAGCAAUUAGAGACGGCCACAAAUAAAUUUGCCGACGACAUGAGGCUUGGCAGAGGAGGAUCUGGACAAGUUUAUAAAGGGAUGUUGAAUGAUAUUCGCCGCGUGGUUGCAGUGAAGAGAAUUUCAUCAGAAUUUGUCGACUCCGAGAAACUUUUCAUGAAUGAAGUAAAGAUUAUCAGUCGAUUAAUACAUCGAAACCUGGUGCAAUUCAUUGGAUGGUGCCAUGAGCAAGGAAACCUCUUGCUUGUUUUUGACUACAUGCCUAAUGGAAGCCUUGACACUCAUCUUUUUGGCAAUAGGAGAGCUCUGCCUUGGCAGGUACGAUAUAAAAUAGCUAUAGACAUAGCCUCAGCAAUUCAUUAUCUUCAUGAAGAUGCAGGGCAGUGUGUCCUCCACAGAGAUAUCAAAUCAGCUAAUGUAUUACUAGACGCAGAUUUCACUACCAAACUUGGCGAUUUUGGGGUUGCUAAGCUUGUUGACCCUCGAUUGAGGACUCAAAAGACAGGCGUUGUCGGGACUUAUGGCUAUCUUGCCCCAGAAUAUGCAUAUGAAGGGAGGGCUAGCAAAGAAUCUGACAUGUUUAGCUUCGGUAUUGUGGCCCUGGAACUUGCAUGUGGAAGAAGGACUUAUCAAGAUGGGGGUGAACACAUGCCACUGGCGAAAUGGGUUUGGCAGCUCCACCUUGCAGGAAAUAUUCUCAACGCAUCAGAUGAACGAUUAAGCUCAGAUUUUAACAGGGAAGAAAUGGAAUGUCUGUUGAAGGUGGGACUAUGGUGUGCUCAUCCAAAAGAAAAAGAAAGACUAAAAGCGGGACAAGUAAUUAAGAUUCUUAAGUUUGAAGUUCCUCUUCCAGAUAUUCCGGAUUAUGCACAUGAUCCAACAUUUCCUGCACCAUCAUCACAGUUACCGCAAAAUGAUUCUCCAAUUCCAUCCAUGUCUUCGAGCAUACAUCUAGGACGCUAA